GCACACAUGUGAAGGUUCUCGAGACAAUUGCCAAUGUAAAUGGGAAGCCGUGGAAGCAUCAGCCGAGUGCUCUUGUAUAA